UUUGAUAUCUUAUCUAUGGAUUUCAUUUCGAGGAUAACUGUUGGCAAGUUUGUGAUCUAUUUCAUGAUCAUGCGUAUGCGUUUCGCAUAUUUGGAGCACACCUCAACCAUGUCGCUCCAAACGAUUUUUUUGUGUCUUUUAAUCACACUUUGUGCUUUUCAACUUAAUAUUGAAGCCAAACCAUUGGAUACUACUUCAGCAACACAAUGUGGCUAUCAGAGUUGUAAUAGAGUACAAGAAGGCGCUUUGAAUGUUCACGUUGUUUCGCACUCGCACGAUGACGUCGGAUGGCUUAAAACCGUCGAGCAAUACUACGAUGGAUCAAACAGAGAAGCUCAGUAUGCAAAUGUAAGCGAAAUUAUAUCAUCGGUUAUUGACGCUUUGCAAGCCAAUCCGGAACGUCGUUUCAUUCAAGUGGAAUCGUUCUUUUUCCAUAGAUGGUGGACGCAGCAAAAUGAAGAGACCAAACAGAUUGUGCAUAAAUUAGUCGAAAAUGGCCAAUUUGAGUUCACGGGCGGUGCUUGGAGUAUGAAUGAUGAAGCUGCAGCUGAUUUUCAUUCAAUUAUCGAUCAAUUCACUUUUGGUUUGAAGUUUUUGAAUGACACAUUCGGUACUUGUGGGCAACCAAAAAUCGGAUGGCAAAUUGAUCCAUUUGGUCACAGCAGUGAAAUGGCGUCCAUUUUCGCCCAGAUGGGUUAUGAUGGGUUAUUCUUCCCACGUAUUGACUAUAGAGACAAAAAUAAUCGAUUGAAUGAUCAAAAACUUGAAAUGAUUUGGCAAGGCAGUCAGAGUCUUGCAGAUGAAUCCAAUAUUUUCACUUCUAUUAUGUUUAAUCAUUACAACGCACCCGAGGGUUUUUGUUUUGAUGUUACCUGUCAUGAUGAUGAUAUAAUCACCGAAGAAGGCCAGGCGGAUUAUAAUUAUGAAACAAAAGUGAAGAAAUACGCUAAGGUCAUUACCGAUGCUGCAACACAUUACAAAACCAAUCAUUUAUUGGUGCCAAUGGGAGGUGAUUUCAAUUACAUGGAUGCAACGAAAUAUUUUGGAAAUUUGGACGCUUUGAUCAAAGGAUUUACGGUUUUCCCACAAACAUUCAAUAAGAAACCCAUCAAUAUCUUCUACUCGACGCCAUCUUGUUAUGUCAAAGCAGUGAAUGAGGCAAUUAAUGCUGAGAAUAUUGAAUUACCAAAAGAAGAAAAGGAUUUCUUCCCGUACGCUACUGAUUCUCAAACGUUUUGGACGGGUUAUUUCUCAUCCAGGCCAACAUCAAAACGAUUUGCUAAAGAGGCACUAAAUUUCUUACAAGUGCACAAACAAUUGGCGACAUUUACACAAGCAACGAACGAGAGUGAAUUGUUUAUGAUGCAGAAUGCUGUUGGAAUCAUGCAGCAUCACGACGCCAUUACCGGUACGGAACAACAACAUGUCGCCAAUGACUACGCUAGGAUUCUUCAUGAAGCGUUCCUUGACAGUGGCUCGAAAAUAAACGAACAUAUUUCGAAGUUGUUAAGCAAAGAUGCAUCUAAACCAGUCCAGUUGAAUUUGAACCAAUGCCUUCUGAAAAAUGUCACUAUUUGCUCAGAAACUAGCCACACACAAUUUGCUGUAGUGCUCUACAAUCCAGCAUCAACGCCAAUCAAAUAUCCAGCCAAAAUUCCAGUUGAUACCUUGGAUUUAAUAAUAACAGCUGCAAAUGGCGAAAAUGUCAAGUAUCAAGUAGUGCCUAGCAUUGCGUAUGUAGAAGGUGUCUCCAUGAAGUACGAAUUGACUUUCAUCGCAGAUUUACCCCCAAUGGGAAUGAAAGUGUAUCAUUUCAAACCCGCCGAUGUUGUUACUUUCCUCUUAGAUGUAGACCAAUCAGAAGAUAGGUUUAAAUUAGGUGGAGAACGAACUAGUGCCAUUCUUGACCAAUCCACGGGACUUCUAGAGUCUGUGAGAAUUAACAACAUUUCUGCCAAAAUAAAACAAGAAUUGAUGUAUUACAACAGUAUGCAAAACAGUGGGCGUAAUUCCGGAGCAUAUGUGUUUAGAAACGACGGUGAUGCAGUGGCUAUUAACCAAGAUGGCGCCGAAGUGACCACGUACAAAGGAGACAUUUUUGAUGAGGUGCAUCAAGUGUACAGUGAUUGGGCGAAACAAGUCAUCAGGAUUUACAAAGAUCCCGAAUUGGCUGAUCAUGUUGAGUUUGAUUGGCUGGUUGGACCCAUUCCUAUUGAUAAUAAGCAAGGAAAAGAGGUUAUCACUCGUUUUACAUCUGAUUUCGAAACCGGUGCGGAUUUCUACACAGAUGCUAAUGGUAGAGAUUUGAUGCAUCGAGUGCGCGAGGAAAAAUCGGAGAAAAUCUCGGGAAAUUACUUCCCUGUCACAUCAGAAAUAGCCAUUUCGAAUGGACAGGAACGUAUGGCUGUUCUCAAUGAUCGUCCUCAAGGUGGUUCAAGUGUGCAAUCAGGUCAAAUUGAACUGAUGAUUCACCGACUUACGCUCAGAGAUGAUUAUUGGGGCGUUGGAGAAAUUCUAAACGAAACAGAAAAUGGCGUCGGCUUGAAAGUUCGUGGCAGUCAUUUCUUGACACUUACUCAUGAUGAGGACCAGAAUGUGGAACGUUACUUGGCUAACAAAAUCGCAUUUGCUCCUUGGAUGUUCUUCGAUAAACACAUUAAAUUGUCAGCGAUCAAUUCUGAUAUAACUUCGGAAUUCAUUGGAUUGAAUGAACCUUUGCCGGAAAGCACUCGAGUAUUGACUCUGGAGCCUGUCGCAGAAGAAGAAAAUACUGUUUUGCUACGCUUAGAGAACUUCUUGCCUUCUGACAUUGGUGAAACACAAACUGUGAAUGUCAAAAAUUUGUUCGUACAUUUUGAAAUUCUGAGCUUGGAAGAGAUGAACCUCGCUGGUAAUGCACGUAAACAAGAUUCGCCGAGAUUAAACUGGUAUAAUUACGCUUCCCCAAGUGAGUCAACCGACAACUCUCUGGACGUUACCCUGAAACCGAUGCAGAUUAAAACUUUCAUUGCCCGUGUUAAAUACGUUAACUAAAGUUCAUGUCAUGAUACUAAUUGCUUUCUUGUUUGCUUCACACAACAUUUAAUGUUAUAUAUAAUUGUUUCAAAUAUAACUCUAUGAUAAAAUCUUCAAUUCAGAAUUAAAAAUAAAUAAUUAAACGCA